AUUCAUUUUUCCUGCACUCGGGUGACUGGCUUUGAAGCGGCAACAGAAGGCAGGCACCUCCCUCUCAUCAGAGGAAGUGCAGCAGCAGAGCUCCUUAUCGCGUGUCAGACUUUCACCUGUCCUUCACCACUGCUGACUGACAGAAACUUAAGGAUGAAUUUAGGAGGAGGAAACCAGUGUGGCCGUUGUAAGAAGACUGUUUACUUUGCAGAGGAGGUACUCUGCGACAGUCGGAGAUUCCACAAGUCCUGCUUUUUGUGCUUGGCGUGUGGGAAGUGUUUAGACAGUACAACGGUUGCUGUUCAUCUGGAUGAAAUCUACUGCAAGUCAUGCUACAGGAAGAAUUACGGGCCAAAGGGUUACGGUUUUGGUGUUGGAGCAGGGACUCUGAACAUGGACAAGGGCCAGGGUCAGGGUAUCACCCAUGAAGAACCUGCUCCUCAUCGCCCUACCACCAACCCUAACCCUUCGAAGUUGGCUCGCAAGUUUGGCGGGUGUGAGAAGUGCCCUCGUUGCGGCAAGGCUGUCUAUGCUGCAGAGAAAGUGAUCGGCGCAGGCAGCUCAUGGCACAAGACUGGCUGUUUCCGUUGCGCCACGUGCGGUAAGGGCCUCGAGUCAACCACAGUUGCCGAUAAGGAUGGAGAAAUCUACUGCAAAGGUUGUUACGCAAAAGACUUUGGCCCAAAGGGUUAUGGAUAUGGAGGUGGGGCCGGAGCCCUGCCACUCACUCAGUAGGUGGAACCAGCGGAAGAAAAAUGGCAUCAGAGUGAUUUUACAGCCACUUGACACAUACACCCAACCAGCCACAACAUUCGGUCCACCUGCACUAACCAAUCUAAUGUGAUUGUAUGCAAGAACUCUAUUAAAACGAGACCUCUGUGCAGCUGUUUCAGUAUGGGGUCAUGCAUUUUUUCAUAAUGCUAAAGACACUGUCAAGUGGAUACAUCUCUGAGAGAAAAACAAAGAGCCAAAUUUUGUAGGUCUUGCAUCGAAUCUUGCUUGAUGCUGCAGGUGUACCAAAUAUUGGGUUGAAUGGAUCUGGAUUUGGUGAAAGGCCACAUCAUGCUGUUUGGUUGUCAUAUAUAAUUCAAGGAUUCAAGGAAAUUGAUUGUAAUACGAGCACACAUUUCCCCACGAGAUGGCAAGAAAUGCUAUCCCCGUGAAGAUCAUCUUUUUUGCAAUAUCAAAACCGAUUGCACAAUAUACUUCAUGUGUGACAUUUGGACAAUUAUUGCUAAAGGUGAAUAAAGCUAAGGAUUAAAAAGUACCUCUCUUUUUUUCCCGAAUAAAAAAAGACA